AUGCCCCGCGACAGCCGGAACGACAUGCUCAUGGCGCGCAGCAUGAACGAGGUGCUCUCGGCAGACCAGAUCAAGAACAACACCGAGUGGGUCCCGGACAACGAGCGCUCGCGCUGCAACCUCUGCACGCGCAACUUUGGCAGCUUUCGCCGCAAGCACCACUGCCGCAUGUGCGGCGAAGUGGUCUGCAAUGCGUGCCUCUUGCGCAAGUGGGCCGAGGUCCAGCGCGGCAGCCGCAUCGAGGUCAAGGUGUGCAUGACGUGCAUCCUCAACCACGCCAAGAACGGCCCACCGCCGCCGCAGCCCAAACCGUCGUCCUUGGGCCACGCGGGCGUCGGCCAGUCGGCGUCGUUCCGCAACACGCGCAUCAUGUCGGACAAGUCCGGUCGGUACUCGUCGCGCGACGACGGCGUGCCGAGCCAUUUGCAGUCGCCGGUCGAGUCGUCGAUCGGGAACGACGUGCACCACUACACCGAGCGCGACGUGCCGAUGAGCUACGACUACCCGCUCGACUUUAGCUGGGGCUACCCGUGGCCCAAGCCGCCCGAGCUGCCGAACGAAGACGAGCGCCUCACCGUGCUCCGGAGCUUCAACAUUCUCGACACGCCGCGCGAAGACACGUUUGAAAUCAUCUGCGACCUCGCGUCCAAGGCCAUGAACUGCCCGAUCGCCGUUGUCUCGCUCAUGGACAAGGACCGGCAGUGGUUCAAGGCCAACGUCGGCUUGGCGCAGGGCGACAUUCCGCGCAACGUGUCGUUCUGCGCGCACACGAUCAUCUCGAAAGAGACCAUGGUGGUCCUCGACGCCAAGCAGGACAAGCGCUUCGCCAAGAACCCGCUGGUCACGGGCGCCGCCAGCAUCCGCUUCUACGCCGGGUCGCCGAUCGUGACGCCGUCGGGGCAUGUCAUUGGCACUGUCUUUGUGUUUGACACGGAGCCGCGGUCGACAUGCGACAUCACGACGCUUGAGAAGCUCUCGAACGUCGCGAUGAAGCACCUCGAGGACCGACGCAACACGAUCGCGGCCGACGACAGCAGUGGUGCGUCGUUCGUCCGCGCCGUGCCGCCGCCGCAGCCGCUGCAGUCGCAGGCGUCGCUCGAGGCGAGCGCACUCGUGCCCACGCCCAACCUGGCGACGCAGGACCUUGUCGUUCAGAACGCCGGGCCCGGCGACGGCCAAGUGGUCGCAGGUCCCAAGCUCGAGACGAUGCUCAUGGAUCUGCUCUGUCGUACGACUGAGACGCAGCAGCAGCUCGCGACGCAGCAAGGCGCAAUGUUUCAGACGCUCGGCCAGCACACGGCGCAGAUCGACAAGCUCGCGGACGCGGUCAAGCGCAUGGAAGCCAAGCUCGACACCAUCUAA